GUUCUCUUCUCGUCGUCGGAUCUAAAAAAAAAAAAAUUGACCGAUUUUUUCAGCAUCAUCUCCCAUGGCGGAAUCAAGCUUCGAUAUUGAUUCCGACGAUCUUGAAUAUGCUGAGAUUGUUGUUGUUCGUCAUGGUGAAACUGCUUGGAAUGCCGAGAGAAAAAUCCAGGGUCAUUUGGAUGUUGAGUUAAACGAUGCAGGAAGACAACAAGCAGUGAGAGUUGCAGAACGGUUAGCCAAGGAGCCUAAGAUAUCUUAUGUUUACUCUUCUGACUUGAAGAGAGCCUUUGAGACUGCUCAGAUCAUUGCAGCUAAGUGCGGCAAGCUUGAGGUACUUACUGAUCGUGAUUUACGGGAGAGACAUUUAGGGGAUAUGCAAGGAGUAGUGUAUCAAGAAGCUUCAAAAUUUUGUCCUGAAGCUUACAAAGCCUUUUCGUCUAACCGCACAGACGUUGAUAUCCCAGGUGGAGGAGAAAGUCUUGACAAACUUUACGACAGAUGUACAUCAGCAUUACAAAGAAUUGGUGACAAACAUAGAGGUGAAAGAGUAGUAGUAGUGAGUCAUGGAGGUGUGAUUCGAUCUCUCCACGAAAGAGCUCGUCCAAGUGCAAGAAGAAUCGAUAAGAUACUCAAUACAUCGGUCAAUGUGUUCCAUUUAUACGACGGAGACAAAUGGACGAUCCAAGUUUGGGGAGACGUGAGUCAUCUGGACCAAACCGGCUUCUUACAAUCCGGUUUUGGUGGAGACAGAACCUCUGGUUAGAGAGAGAUUCAAUACUCUUCUUCCCCCUUGGAAGAGCAAUUUAUGUAAUUUAAGUUUCACUAUAUUAACAUUUGACCCCAUAAUAACUUAGAGGUUUUCUCAAGAUAACCAAGUAAAUUGGGAGGAUUAUUAAAGUACACUUGCUCUAUAUUUUAUCA